AGAGUACCUGUGCGUUUGCGCUGUACGCUCCAAUCUCGCAUCACCUCCGCGCACUCCACUUCUUCUGAAGCAAGCUGAGACGCACGCACAUCAUCUCAACGCAGUGAAUGCAAAGUCCACAGGGGGUGUAUAACCAUGUCAACACUGCUGGACUUGAAGAGCAGCGUUCUGCGUCAGGUGCAGAGGAGCCAGUCUCUGCGAGGGAGUAGGGAUCCCGCACCCCAGGCCAGCAGUCCUCUCACGCACUGCCCAGAGAGUACCACCUAUGGGACCGGUGAAGGAAAUGGAAAGUUCUUCAAGCGCAUGGAGAACAUUCUCCAGAAGCAGGAAACCAUGGAGCGGACCACUCAGACUGAGUGUGAAGGACAGGAUAGAGCUGCCCCCCCUCCAGAGUGCCCUGACCAGCCCUCUGUCCCGGAGAGAAUAUCCAGGAGAGAGCUGGACCUGCUUUAUGAAGAAGCAGUCUAUACGGUGGUGAAUCGAGUGGGCGUGCCCUCCCCAGAGUACAUUACCAAUGAGGGAGAGCUCUUCAGCUACUUACAAAAGGUGUUUGAUAUAGGUGCAGAAGAACAUGACAUUAUUCUACAGAGAGUUCAAGAAUCAAAGAGAGCAACUUUCUCCUUGAGGGUGUCUGUUAUGAAGGGAAAAAAUCUUCUGGCUAAAGAUGCCAAUGGAUACAGUGACCCCUAUUGCAUGCUGGGCAUUCUGCUGGGACAAAGCUCCAGGGAGCCGGAGGAGAAGAAGGAGAGGAAGUUCAGUUUUCGAAAGAGAAAGGACAAGCUGGACAAACGGCCGAGCAUCAGAGAGGUGCUGGCGGCCAGGUGCAUCCAGGUCACAGAGGUGAAACCGGAGACACUCAAUCCCGUGUGGAACCAGAGUUUUGUGUUCAAUAUCGAUGACGUCACCAGCGACCUGUUGCAUCUGGACAUAUGGGACCACGACGAUGAUGUCUCUGUUGCCGAGGCCUGCAGGAAGCUGAAUGAAGUCAGCGGUCUGAGAGGGAUGGGCAGGUACUUCAAGCAAAUAGCCAAGUCGGUCCGAGCCAAUGGGAGUGCUGCAGAGGAAAGCGCAGAUGACUUCCUGGGGUGUCUGAGCAUCCCCAUUAAUGAGAUCCCGGUGGCUGGAUAUGACAAGUGGUUCCAGCUGGAGCCUCGAUCCAGUGCCUCUCGGGUUCAAGGGGAGUGUCACCUCAUCCUGAGACUCUUCACCUCUCAGAGGGAUACGACCCUGAGCAAGCGGGACUCACACAUGGCCGUCCACGAGAAGAUCCUGAGCCAGAUCCUGGAGUAUGAGCACACCUGUGUACAGACUGAACCAUACAGCUGGGAUGGGAGCGUCUGCCAGGCAGCGUGGACUGUCCUAUCCCAUCAUGCAGUGCAGACUGACCUCUCACACCUGCAGCAAGCGAUCAUACGAUGGUGCUGCUACAGCAACCACCACCGGGCCCAGAGACUGUGCUACUCCUUCCUGCUGCAGCUCCUGGGCACUGUCGAGGAGCAGUGGGACCCCCAGGCCGUGAGAGGAGAACUGGAGGACAAGCUGGCGGACAGUUUCAGACUACACACAGAGUACUGCUUCUCCCUGCUGAGGAGCCUGCGGAAGGUGUUUCCCUGCUCCAUCCCCACUGCCAUCAUUCGCUGCCAGCUCAUGCUGAGGGGCCUGGGACUCAUCCACUCCAUGCAGGUGUUUCGGUCCAUCUGUCCCCUCCACAGCCAGCUGAAUGUGGAACUGUCCUCUGUGAUAAAGAAGGGCACGGUGGAGUGGUAUGCAGACACAGUCUCUCACUUUAAGCCAGAUGAAGGGAUGCUGGAGGAGCAGCUGCGAAGACUGGUGCUGGUGGUGGAUGCAGUGUGUAUGGACAUUCACAAGGCACAGACCGUCUACAACAAGCUCUUCAGCAGUUCUGUGAAAGUGGACUUCUUCAGUAUCUCUUACCGGCAGCUCGAGAAACUGGUGGCUGACCAUGUGACUGUUACCAUGGAGAAGGUGUGCGGUACUCUGGAGCAGGAAGGCUCACGGCUGACCCAGGGCAUGGGAGAGACGCUUUUCGAGCUCUACAUCUCUCUAAAGACCCUCAAACACUUCCGCCAAUACCUGCCUCUCAAGGACGCUAAGAUGUUAUCCCUGACGGGUUUUCAUAACUUGUUUAAGACCUCCAUUCACAAAUGGCUGCAGAUCGUUCACCAGAACUCCUGCGACCGGAUCCGGCGAGCAGUGGAGGAGGACCAGCUGGCUCCCAUCCACAGCCUGGCCAAGCACAGCAGUUCGGCCGUGGACAUAACUUCCUGCUUCACUCAGGUGCGGGACUUCUGGGUACAGCUGGACUGGCCCGAUUCGGCGGGAGCCUUCAUCUUUGUGACCCGGCUGACAGACGAUUUCUGCAGUGCGGCUCUGUGCUACUGUGAGCUCAUUAAGAGGAAGAUAGAGAGAACUCAGCUAGGCCAUGAGCCCAAGGCCCUCACCAUCCAGCUGUGCAUUGUACUGAACAAUAUCGAGCACGUGCGGGCCUUCCUGGGGAACGUCCCACGGGACCUGGACUGGCGGGGGCUAGAGCAGGCAAUGGAGGAGUCCUGCGGGGCGGAGGGGAGGGAGCAGGUCAAAAAGGCCCUCAACGCCCAGCUCUAUAAUGUGGAUGUGGAGCUGCAGAGAGAGGUCAAGCGCAUAAUAGUACACCUCACCGACAAGGUGCUGUUAGAUUUGAAGAAGUACAUACAGCACAUCAGCCUGUCUCCAGACUCCAUUCAGAAUGAUGAUGCAGUGUCCCCUCUGAUGAAGUAUUUACAUGAGACUUUGGUCAUCCUCAGCGAGUCCUUAGUGAAGGAGAACCUGGCCAGACUUCUGCAUAGCCUAUGGGAGCUGGUUCUCAGGAUGAUCCAUGAAACAGUGAUGGAAAACCGAGGCCUGCAGAUGGAGUUCUAUGGAAGGUUCCACUACACCGUGGAGGCCUUGGUGGAGUGCUUCCAUGCCGAGGGUGAGGGUUUGACUUUGGAGUACCUCAGAAGUGGGGACUACAAGGUUCUAGAAGAGGAGCUUCGUCUGAACAAGUGCUCAUCUAAUGAGUUGAUUGAGCAGUACUUCCUGGAGAAGAUCGCACAGCAGCGGGUUCUAAAGCACAGCCGCUUUGGCCGGAUCAGUGUAAAGUGUUACUACGAGGCUCCAGAGCAGCGGCUGACUGUGGAGAUCCUACAUGCAGCCGACAUCAUUGCCCUGGAUGCUAACGGGCUCAGCGAUCCCUUCGUCAUCGUGGAACUGUGUCCUCACCACCUCUUUCCCACGGCUAAGAGCCAACGCACCCAAGUCAAAAGCAAAACCCUUCACCCUGUCUUCGACGAGCUUUUCUACUUCCAUGUCAGCCCAGAGCAGUACAGGAACAGGUAUGCCUGUGUGAGCUUCACUGUGAUGGAUUACGAUUGGCUGUCCACCAAUGACUUCGCUGGGGAUGCCCUGGCCCCGCUGAGUGACUUCUGCUGGCCGGGCCGUCCCAACGCCUCUGCGGGGGGCAAGAGCCUGCCCCCAGUCAUUCUACAUCUGUCCCGCGCCAAGCCCAGUGAGAAGCCCAUUGUGAAGAUGCUGGAGGCCAGGACAGUUGACAAAGAAGCCCAGGAGUUUGUGAGAAGGUUGAAAGAGAUCGAGAUGGCAAUGGAAGAGGAAUAACUUGGUGUUUCUGGUAUUUGAGUGUACUUCAAAAAUGUUCAACACUUGUGAUUUUUUUUUACUGUUUGUACCAUAGCUUGUGUAGCAUUUGAAAUGAA